UAUGGUGAUAAUAAACAAAAAAAUUAUCAAGAGUAUCAUAAAUUUUUAAAGAGCAAAGAUAACAAUUUUGUAGUAUCUCAAGCACCAAGAUGUAAAACAACAGAAAAUGUGUAUCAAGGAGAAGCAAGAAAUAAAUUUAAUGGUAUGACGUCCACUAAGGAUGUAGAUUGGUGGUUUUUACAACAACUUUCAGGUGAUAAUGGUGGUGCAAUUUACACAGACAGCAGUUUAUCUGGUGAAAAAAUUAUAUCCGAAAUCAACAACUAUUAUACCAAAAAUAGUGAUAAAAUUCCAAAUCCAGUAACUAUAACAUAUGAACAAAUAUUAAAUAAUAAUAAUUACAAUAGUAUUGCAUAUAAUAAUGAACCAAGACAUAAAGUAAAAAAAGUUAAUGGUGUUGUAUAUACUGAUCCUACAACUCGUGGUGAUCCAGGUACAGGUGCACAUGCCAAGGGUUUUUUUAUUUGGAACAAUCAAGGAGGUAUUCAUGUAAUUCAAAGUUAUCCUCAGUCACCUGAAAAAGAUGGGGCUGAUGAAUUCUUUGAAAAAGGAACUGGGUUUAAUUUGGGUCAACAUUCAGUUUGUAUUAACUUAUCACCAGAUGAAUUAGAUAUUAUUCCAAAGCUUUUAAUUUAUGGUGAUUUUAUUAUUAAUGCAAUUAAUGGUAUAAACAUUAGAGAUAUAACCCACAAGCUAUCUGGUAUAACCAAGUUUAAUGACAUUAGAACUAGAGUUGGCUCAUUAAUCGAUACCAGUGCUUUUACAAAAAAUGAAAUCGCUUCAUUUAAAAAAUUAAAGAAAACAUUUGAUAUUUUUGAUCAAAACAUUUUCGAUACGAUUAUCUUUGAUCCAAAUACAAAUCAUUGGUCAAAAAAUACAAUAGAAUUAUCAAAAUGGUCCACAAUUGCAAGCCUGGUCAGUAACAAUGAUUUUUCAUCAUUUGAUUUCCAAAGAAAGAAUGUUAAAGACUGUAUACAUUACAAUAAGGUAAUGGAUCAAUCCAAUGGUGAUGGUCAAUACUUUGUUCAAACCUCAAACAAUAAUAUUCAUAAAAAAAAGGCAUCAUACCCAUUAUCAAAAAGAGGAUUUAAUAUGAUAUGGGAUUAUAUUGCAGAUUACUAUUACAACAACCAUCAAAAAACAGGUAAAUGGCUUAUUAACACAAUGCAAAGGGGUGGUAGUAAAAACGGUGAUAAAAUGGCCAAACCAUCAGAUAAAAUGAAUAUUGUCAGUAGAACUGAUGCACCAUGGUCUGUUAGUGAAUCUACAACAGAUGGUGCUCAACAUUCAAAGAUAUCAUAUUUAGUCGAUAGCACUGGUAAUCUAUUUUGUAUUGGUGAUCUAAAUUGGCAAGGUAAACAAGAAUCAAGGGGUGGUUGUGCAUUUUGUUCAAAAAAAUUAGAUUAUCUAGCUGAAUACUAUGAAAGUCGUGUCACUGUUAUUGCAGACCCUCCAACAACCCCAAGGUAUGAUAAGUUUGGACCAGAAGUUAUACCUUUUGGUACAGCAGGUUUUAAAAUUGAUUUCACAAAUUAUUAUACUGAUUUAGAAAACAAGGGGUUUUAUAGUGCUGCAAAUAGACCAGUAAUGGAAAUUAAAAAAUUAAAUCAACAAAAUAAUCAAUAUGAAUCUUUCAAUCCCAAAGUAAUAAUAGAUACUGAAGAUACAAAACCAUCUGUAGAUUAUGAUACGGAUGGCUCUUUUACAGAUGAUAUUACCAAUCUCAUCAAGAAUUUCAAUGGUUUAUUAAGUGAAAUCUAUAUCCCAAUAAAAUUAAAUAGAAUACAAGCUGCAAAUCCAACCUUCGAAAUUGACCAAAAAAUCGGUCUAUUUGUAUCUCCAAUCUUCAAAGAUGAAAUUAUUUUUUGUGAUUAUAAUGACCCUCAUUGCAAUUAUAAUCACGAUAACCAUUUAUUAAUAAAAGAUUUAGUUUUUAGAUUCGAAAUGCAAGAUUAUGAAACUAUAGUUCCAAGACAAUCAGAAACCAAUGGCGAAACCAGAGGUCGUAAAAUGAAUGUAAUUUUCAACCCCACCAUUUCUACUACAGCACCACCCAGCAUUAUCGAUAAAACAAUUGAACUAGUCAAAUUAGAAAAGGACAUUAAAGAAAUAUACGAACAUUUUGGAAUUGUAAGACAAACACCAAUUAGAUUUAUUAAUAUUGAUUUAACUGACAAAAAUAACCAACGUAUUUUAAUUGGAGAUUCCCAAAUGUGUGGAGAUGUUGAUAUUAUUUACUAUAAUGAAAAUUGCUAUGAUUUUUUGGUGUACUGCCUCUCUGAAAAGUAUGCUGUAAUCAACAACGGUAUAUAUAAUAGUAGAGUAGAUGGUUUUUCUGCUCCAACUGAUACCAUAAUGGGUGCUAUCGUAUGGCCUAAUGGAACUCCAAGUACAUGUUUUAUUCCAGAUGAACCAGAUAUGGUUAGUCAAUCACAAACAAUGAACGAUGAUGAUUAA